AUGGCGGGGUGCAUCGCGGUGAUAGCCAGAGAAAAUUACAGAGUCUACAUCAGAAGCAUCCCGGUAGAGCAUGUGCUGAAGUUCUGUUACACAGUGCACAUAUAUCUUGAUGUGGUAGAUGAGAAGAUUUAAAAGCUACAUAAUUCAUAUACAGAUGUCAUGUGCAAUCCCUUCUAUAACCCUGGAGACCGUAUUCAUUCUAGGGACUUUAACAACGUGGUCACUUCCAUGAUGGUGCAGCAUUACAGCAGGUGCCAGACUGCACUGGGUUCUGAUGUAGAAGAAACAGCUGGAGAUCAAGUCAUAGGACAUAAGAUGACCCAACCUGUGUUUGUGGAGCAGGUUGUGACCAAAGCUGUCCCCAGAUACAGAGCUGCAGCAAGGUGA